AUGCUUUGGGUGCGUGAUGUUUUCAAGGGUGGCCUCGUUCUACCGAAACUUCAGCAGAUCUCUGCAGAGGAUGCGGAAGCCAUGAAAGAGCUGAUGAAGGAUGCCCAGGAAGGUACAGACCGGAACUCCGUCCCGGAGGUAGCACCAAUCCUCAUGCGGGAGACCUCUCGCAAGGCACGUGAGGGCGGUGCAGCAGAUGUCUCCAAGGAUGCUUACGAGCGAGUGCCUGUUGAGGCCUUCGGUCUGGCACUGCUCCGCGGUAUGGGUUAUGACCCGGACAAGCACAAGACGAAGCCCAUUUGGCAUGAGAAGCCGAGAGACAACCUGCUUGGCUUGGGCGCACAGCCCCUUUUGCCAUCAGAGAAGAUUCCCAAGCGAAAGGGUGAGAAAGGCGAGGAGAAAGAGAAGACUAGCAAGGCCUGGAAGACCUUCGCAGUAGGAGCAACUUCCCCGAAGCUAAACUCUAAGGUAUUCUUAAGAACCCCUUAA